AUGCCAAUCGAUUUACCGAAUGCCGAAUUAUUUAAGCCAGCAUUACCAAGAGCUCCCCGACUACAUGGAUUGUUUGGUUCAAAAAAUUUUCGUUUGCAUGGAUUCAUGGAGGGAGAUAAAUGGCCACCAAAUGCAUUAAAUGAACAAUACCAGCACAUGGUUAAAAUGUUAGAUACUCAUUUGCAUUAUAAACGUUUGGAAUUGCGAUCGGAUACUCGUAAAAAAGAAAAUAAAUUUCAAAAUUUAAAAGAACAAUGUCGCAGUGGACGUGUUCGUUUAAAAUCAGCAUUAUCUGGUGACAAAUUAAUUAUUAGAACAUUAUUUUCACAUAAUACAACCUUACAACGUUUAUACAGUUCAAUGCCACUUUAUGCUAUUGUAGAACAUGCUAAUGAUAAUACUUUUCGAAUGAGACGUAAAAGAGAUAAAUUACGUUAUGAAUUGCAAAAAACAAUGGAUUUAUAUAAACAAAAAUUGAUUGAAAAAUCUAAACUUGAAGAUCAUAUAAAAUUUGGCAAAGAAUUAAAAAUACCAGAUGAAAUUGAUAUUAUAAAUUGUAGAACGGAAAUUUCUACUUCUCAAACUAGAGUGUAUGCAUUUAAGGCAAUACAACGUGCAUAUAAAAGAUGGAUUUGUAUAUUAAAAAAAGAUGAAAAUUAUUAUGAACCAGUAUUGAAAUCCUUAGAAGAAGAUGUUAUUGAACAAGAAAAAUUCAUAAGAUUAACUAUAAUGUUAGGUUAUCCUGUUGUAAUGGGUAAAGAAAAAUGUUUACGUGAAGAAUAUCAGAUUGCAACAAUUGGACCAAAAAAUGAAUAUGUAAGAGAAACAAAAUCAAUGGAACAUAUGCGACAACAAAAAGAAGAUCUUGAAAGAGUUAUGAAAGAAUUACAAAUUGUAACAGCAGCUGAAAAACCAAAAGAUAUUUAUCCAAGGUUUGGAGCUAGAAUUCAUGCGUUCACCCUACCUAUUCAUCGAUUGGAUCAAAUAAAGGAAUUUCAGGAACAAAUUGAAGAGGAAAAAAAUUUACAAAAAGAAGAGGAACAACAAAUUGCUAAUAUGGGAAACAUUCUUGGAAUAUUUCAAAAAUCUUUGUAUCAAAUGUUAGAUGUCCUACGGCAUGUUGAUAAUCCAAUGGAAAUUAUUGAACGAAAAUAUCCAAGCCCAGAAUUAAAAUUACCAUUAUUAGAUUUUGAAGCUAAACCAAUUAAAGUUUUACCACCAGUUUACAGAGAAGAUGAUGCCGAACAAAUUAUGAUAAGAGUUUUAGAAAAAAUAGGAAUUAUAAGUCAAAGAUUACCAAAAGAUGAUCUUGUAAAUGAUCUUCCAAAUAUGUUACAGCAAUUAAGAACUAAAUAUACUGAUAUUGUUGAAGUUGAGGAAGUAAAUAAAUUUGAUGAUUUAGAUAAAAAAGAAGAUGAACUGGAAACAAGAGAUUAUUCAAAUAUACCAACUCGUAAGCAAAUUAAACAACAAGGAAUGCGAAUUGUAGAAAAGGCUUUAGAACAAAAAGAACUUUUGGGAAUUUAA